AUGCCCCCCCGCAGAUCAGCCAGAGCACCACCCAAGGUGCCAACCCCGCCCCCAGCCGCGACGCCGACCCCGCCCCCGGCCGCCAAGGCGGCCUCCGGCAAGCCCCCACUCUCCAAGGCCCGCAUCGCCGCUGCCGGCGCCUUCGCUGGCCUCAAACCCGCCGAUAUCCUCAAGCGCGCCAAGGACCUCGGCAUGGUCACCACCGAGAACGUCACCAAGACGGUCACGCACCUCAUCUCGACGCAGACCGCCGUCGACGACGAUGCGCCCGCGGUCCGCCGCGCCGUCGGCUACAGCGUGCCCAUCGUGUCGGUCGACUGGCUCGAGGCGUGCGAGAAGGACGAUGAGUGGGUGGACGAGGCGCCCUACGUGAUCACCAAGGGCGCCGCGCCUGCCCCCGCGGCGGCACCGGCGUCGAAGGGCAAGGGCAAGGCUGCCAACGGUACCGCUGGCACGAAGCGCGCGGCCGCCAACGGUACCGCUGGCACGAAGCGCGCGGCCAGCCCAGCUCCCGAUGUGAAGCCCGCGGCCAAGAAGGCGAAGAAGGCCGACGCCAAGGCUGAUGUCAAGACCGAGGUCAAGGACGAGGCCAAGCCUGAGGCCAAUGGCCACGGUCAGAAGCUCAAGAAGAAGGACACGGUCGUGCCGGUCGACGACGGCUGCCGCCUCAUUGGCGCGACGGUCCACAUUGGCGACGACGGCACGAUCUGGGACGCCUCGUUGAACCAGACCAAUGCGUCCAACAACAACAACAAGUUCUACCGUAUCCAGGUGCUCAAGCUUCCGGGCGGCAAGUUCACCGCCUGGACGCGCUGGGGACGUGUCGGCGAGCCCGGUGCCAACGCCCAGCUCGGCGGCGGCGACGUUGCCUCGGCCAUCUUCAACUUUGAGAAGAAGUUCAAGGACAAGUCGGGCCUCAACUGGGCCAACCGCCUCGACGCCGCCAAGAAGGGCAAGUACACCUUUGUCGAGCGUAGCUAUGAGGACGACUCGGAUGACGAGGCCGAGGCCGGCGAAGGUGAAGCCGAGGUCAAGGAGGAGGAGGAAUACGUGCCACCCGAGUGCACCCUCUCGCAGCCGGUCCAGGAGCUCAUGCAGCUCAUCUUCAACCAGCAGUACCUCCAGGCGACCAUGGCCUCGCUCAACUACGACGCCAACAAGUUACCACUGGGCAAGCUGAGCAAGAGCACCAUCACGCGUGGCUUCCAGGCGCUCAAGGACUUGGGCGAGCUGAUCGACGACCCGACUCUCGCGCAGUCAAAGUACGACACCAACUUUGCCGCCGCAAGCGAGCAUCUGUCCAACUCGUUCUACUCGCUCAUCCCGCAUGCGUUCGGCCGUAACCGCCCGCCUGUGAUCAACACGGACGCGAUGCUCAAGCGAGAGAUCGAGCUACUCGAGUCGCUCGGCGACAUGAAGGAGGCUGCGGCCAUCAUGAAGGCUGAGCGGCCUCGUGACACGAUCCACGUCCUCGAUCGCCACUACAACGCUCUCGGUAUGAACGAAAUGACGCCACUCGAGCACGACUCGAAGGAGUUCAAGGUCCUCAGCCAGUACCUGGUGGACACGCGCGGCGCGACCCACAACGUCAACUACGAGGUCGAGGAGGUCUUCCGCAUCGAGCGCCAGGGCGAGACCAAGCGCUUCGACGAGAGCGUCUUCUCAAGCAUCAAGUCGGACCGUCGUCUGCUGUGGCACGGAUCCAGAGCGACCAACUUUGGUGGUAUCUUGUCGCAGGGCCUGCGUAUCGCACCACCCGAGGCUCCCGUGUCCGGCUACAUGUUCGGCAAGGGUAUCUACCUCGCCGACAUGUCGUCCAAGUCGGCCAACUACUGUUGCUCGUACAUCACGGGUGGCACGGCGCUGCUCCUGCUGUGCGAGGCCGAGCUCGGCGACCCGAUCCAGAAGCUCACCAACGCGAGCUACACUGCAGGUGAGGACGCCAAGAGGCAGGGCAUGUACUCGACCUUUGGCCAGGGCCGGACUGCGCCGCUCAAGUGGAAGGAUGCGGGCGAGGCGACACCAGCGCUGAAGGGCAUCAAGAUGCCCGACACGUCCAAGGUCAAGCCGGGCGACACCAAUGUCGACGGCGCGUACCUCAUGUACAAUGAGUUUAUCGUCUACGACGUGUCGCAGGUCAAGCUGCGCUACCUCUUGCGCGUCAAGAUGUAGGCGGGUGGGGUGUGGACUGGACUCGUCACUCUUUGUUGUUGCUGGGAUUUGUGGAUAAGACUCGG